UUUUUAGAUCACUUUGAGAGUAUUUUUGUAUGUUUAAUUCAUUGAAUUUACCUACAUUGAAAAUUUUAGAGUAGCAGCUACCAAUAUUUUUGCAUUUCCAUUCUCUUAAAAAACACCAGAAAAAUGUCUUCGUCCGAGGAUCGUUAUCGUGAGAGCCGCAAUCGUUGCUUUGCGGAUGCCAUUGUUAAGACAGCUGGCGGCAUUGUGAUGGGUGCCACAGUCGCCCUGUUGUUCCUGCGUCGUCGUCGCUGGCCGGUCUGGAUUGGUGCAGGAUUUGGCAUUGGACUGGCCUAUCGUAGCUGUGAGAGGAACAUGAAGGCGUUGAAGUGAAGAAUGCAGCCAAGUCCUUGCAGCGUUUACUGCUGGGAAAGCAAUUCGAAAAGGUGUCAAGGAAGUACAUUUUGUUGUUUAUUUUUAGUAUUUCCUACGAACUCUUAAUGCUAACCUCGCAACAUACUUUCAGUUAGUCUCGAGUGCCAUAAACAUUUGUCAUAAUUAACA